AUGGCGCCCAAGCCCUCUGGGCCGCAUCUCGCUCAGCGGCUUCGGACGUUGUCCCUCACCUCACCACCGGCGACCGGUCUCUUUUACGCUCGACUCUACUAUGCGCUGUUCCCCCCGACAGAAGCUGAGCAUGACAGCCUGCAUGUCCUCGCAUUGUGUCUUCUCCAGUCCGAUCAGCCAUAUCCCGCCUUGCAAGCGGUCCGUGACUCGGCAAAUGGAGAUGGAGACCCAGACGACAUGGACUACGAGUCAACAGACAAACCAGGCUGCUAUGGCUGCGCAGUGAUCGUCGCCAAAUGUUGCAACCGCUUGUCACGGUUUACGGAGGGACAGGCAGUCCUGGAACGAGCCGUCAGGCGGAGUACACCGAUGAGUGAGUCCCGCGUCAGUUUGACUCAGCUGACAGCAGCGCUCCCGGUCGUUACCCCAGCAGAGACAGCAGCAACUGCAAAUCUCAUGCUUGCGUCUCUUUCGCACAAGGGCAAGUCGCCGAUGCAAGCGGUUGAGUUCUACACCAAAGCACUCAGCGAAGACCCGUGGCUGUGGGAGGCUUUCACUGGCCUCUGUGAUAUCGGAGCUCCGCCGUCACCAGAGACCGUGUUCCCCGAUCCGCCAUCAGCACGCUCAUCAGCCCGACCAUCCCGAAACGCUACCUUAUCACCUGGUCCUAUGCCACGCUCAUCUGCAUCAGAGGUACCGAUUUUCAUCAGCCGAAGACAGAUGAGCCCUUUAGCGACGGCUGCACCGACCACAUCCUCCCUCUUCACGCCCGGCGUUUCGAAUCACCCUCCAAAGUUUGGAAUGCUGGGUAAUCCAAGUAACUGGGAAACGCCUUCAACCGUUGCGGACACAUCCUUCCCCGGUUUCAACGACCAGGGGCCAAGCGGACGCAGAGCAUUGCCAAAUCUGAUGUCCAGCAUUCUUCCGUCGUCACUGCGAGCCACGACCCCUAUCAACGCAGCUCCGGACCUGAUGUCCCGUCCUCCAGCCCAGAAGCGGCCACGGGCUGCGCACGGGCCCCGGAGAUUUGCAGCCGCGGACACGCCAACCGGAGGGCCGCUGGCCGGGGAGUCGCGAUCAAACGGCCGCGACUUGAAGUCGCUGGACACAAACGGAGACAAGAUGCUGGAGGCGCCAGUGCGAAGGAGCUCGCGUUUAAAUGCCAAUGGACCGACGAAACCCCAACCUCGCGUGACGCGGAAGGACCGAUCGACUCGAUCGCAGUCUGUGGCGUCCUCGGCGUCAGGAACCGCCGAGCCCGCAACAUCAGCUGCAGACGCACAGGUUCAAGCUGCCGUCGACGACUGGCUGCGUGACAUCGUGCGCCGAUGCGCGAGGGCUUACCGGUCGCUGAGAUUAUACAACUGCAAAGAAGCUCUGUCAGAACUGGACGAGCUGCCGCUGGAGCUUCAGACGAGCGUUUGGGCGUAUGAGAUGGCGGCGAACUGCUUCUACGAGAUGUCGGACAACGUGAAGAAGCUCAUCUCGGCCGAUCCUUACCGACUCACCGGCAUGGAGCUUUACUCGACUGUCCUGUGGCAUUUGGGUGACACGGCCGCCCUGUCGCACCUGUCGCAGCAUCUGGUCUCGAUCGACAGGGACGCGCCUCAGCCGUGGAUUGCAACGGGCAACUGCUUCUCCCUGCAGCGGGAUCACGAUGAGGCCAUGCGCUGCUUCCGGCGGGCAGCGCAGCUGUCUCCCGGGUGUCCCUACGCCUGGACGUUGUGCGGCUACGAGGCCGUCGCGAUGGAGGAGUAUGACCGUGCCAUCGCAUUCUACCGGAACGCCAUCCGUGCCGACAGCCGGCACUACAACGCAUGGUACGGCCUGGGCGUCGUGUACCUGAACAUGGGCAAGCUGCGACACGCGGAACACCAUUUCCGGCGCGCGGCGGAGAUCAACCCGAGCAACUCGGCCCUGCUUUGCUGCAUCGGUGACGUCCUUGAGAAGGUUGGAAAUCUGCCCGGCGCGCUCGCCGUUUACGACCAGGCGUGCGCUGUGGGUUCGACCGCGAUGAGCGUGUAUCGCAUGGCGCGCGUGCUCGUGGCGUUAGGCAGGAUUAUGGAGGCCAUUUCCGCACUCGAACCACUCAUCCGAGACACGCCGGACGAGGCCAACGUCCAUUUCCUGCUUGGCAAGUGCUACCUCCGCGUUGGACGAAACGACAAUGCCAUGACCUGCUUCACGGCCGCACAGGAGCUGCAGCCCAAGCUGAGCAGCAGCAUCAAGGCGACGAUUCUGGCUCGCGGCGAGGAGGAGGAAGCCAGCGAGGAGGAGUAG